AUGUGUAACUGCCACUCAGUUGCGCGUGGCGCACGGCCCAAUUGGAUCUUUCACCUCGACAUUUCAAGCUGCAACAAUAGCGAGAUGCUUUCGUUCGAUGGCGAAAAUAGCUUGCGCCAAGGCCUGCUCGACGAUGCACACACUCAUGCUGGUGACCACGACGUUCGCCUUGUGAUUGACCCUGUAGUCCCAACUUCUGGAGCUCCUAUUCGAGCUUGCCAUUUUGAUGCCACUGGGCGCCGGACGUUCCAAACGUUGACUCGAGCCGAUAUACUGAGUUUGAUCCACUCGACAAGCGACGACUUUGCACCAGGCAUGUCGUCUCCAGCAUCGACCCGUCCAACGAAAAGCGGAAACUUGGGAAUUCCAGCAGUUCAUAUGCGUGACAUUCGGCAGUUAGACCAAGCGUACGCUGAGUCCACCGACGCCAGCCUCGUGAUUCGACAACAUGCCAUUCUUGUCAACGUUGAUCCGAUUCGAGCAGUGAUAUUGCGCGAUCAAUUGAUCGUACUGCUGGGGACAACCAAUACUGUCGACAGUCUCAUGGACCAGCUGCAGCAACGAGUUCAGGCAUACCUGCGAGAAAGCCCCGGAACCGCCUUUGAAUUCACAGCGCUGGAAGGACUGUUGUCGACCAUCACAUCGUGGCUCGCCAUGAAGUGCGCGGGGUUGAAGCCGACGGUGGAGACGGCGCUGGCGUCGUUUGCUCGCGCCGAACGCCCCCGAGACGAGUUUGAACAAGUGCGCAACGUGCAAACUGCCGUAACGAGGUUGCAUGUGCAAGUGAGCGGCAUACGUGGCAUGCUCAUGACUCUCUUGGACGACGAAGCCGACCUGUGUAUGAUGCACUUGACAAAGCUGGCCCAAAGCCUGGACCAGCAAGUUGUCGACUUGGACGAAGUCGAGUCCGUGUUAGAAACCCAUUUGCAGGAUGUGUUUGGCACUCUCGCGAGCAUUUCCAUGCUCUUGAGUAAAAUUGACAACACGCAACGCAUGGUGGACUUGGCAUGGACAUCCAAGCGAAACUACUUGCUCGUCGUGGACAUGUCCCUCAAGUUUAUGUUCCUCGGCAUCCUCGUCACGCACUUGUGGACCGGUAUGUUUGGCCAAAACCUCGAGUCGCAUGUCAAGGAGGACAGCAUGUGGUUUGCGGCAACGUUUGGGGGGUGCUCCAUCUGGAUCGUCGGGUUUUACGUUGUCGUGUACGUGUACUUCAAGUCCAAGAACAUCGCCCUGUCGUGGCGAAAGCCAGGCUUCGUUCCCCCCGAAGACUAAAUUGCCCAGCAUACUAUUAGCUUGGUUGUUGAUUUCCACAUCGACAAUUGCCACCUUGGCUUUACGAUAGCAACCACCCACCAUAGUUAUUUACUGUGCAACAGGUUGUAGCAUACUUCAUGAAGUAUAAUAACUCCAAGCAUCCUAGCAUUAACGUUACUCGACAGCUA